GUCCGUGGAAGGAGGUGUUUGCGGCGUGAUUGUGGCCGCAUGCGAUGGCAUCUGUCGACGAAAACACGAAAAUCGCCGAAGAAACAACAACAGGCUCUCUUGAGUGAUGCCUGAGGAGGCGGCCUUUUACCAUGAGCCUCGCUACCUCUGCCCUGCUUCUAUUUGGUGCUUUCGGGAAAUGUGUGUGCUCAUCACAUCGGCCGAUCUAUGUGGCCCUGGACAAGCAAGAUCCUGCUGCUGCUCAUGAGGUGCUGCUGGAAACCAUCAAGUGAGAAAGAUAUCCACAGAGAGAGGCCGGCAGUGCAUGCAGCACCUUCGGAUGGCCUAUCUUCGUCUUCAGGCUGUUUGGUCGCCUUGCUGAACACACCACACCUGACUCCAAACGGAGAGGCUUCGGCAGCCGGAUAGGGCGACAAGUGAGCUGUCCAAGGUCUUUUACUGGACUCCUGCACAUUGUAUUGUGCGUAUGUGUCUGUCUGUCAGAUGCGGUCACUGAUCCAACAGGAAAAUGGCGACGACCAAGGCGGAGAGGAGCCCUACGCAACGGGCAUUCAGUGGGAGAGCAGGGAACUCAUCACACGAAGGACGAUCAAGUGGAUGGUGCGCACCUACACGCGCACACAAAUGCAGGCGAACGCAGCCCCCUCUUUCCCUGAUUGAUGGUGUGGUGUCGAUCGCAUCAAUCAGGGAAACAUGGACAUAGAAUUCUGGCGGCGGCACGACGCGAGGUGGGAGCAGCUCUUCGACAAGUCCCCAACACUCACCAGACACGAACUCGCCGUCAGUGUCAGCAAGUGGGCUCAGGCGAUAUUUUAUGGAUGGACGUAUAUGGCCACCCAUCCGCGUGUUCUCUGUGUGCACACGCCCAGGUUGCCAUUUCGGUGGCCUCUGCGUGGGAAUGGAGAGAUGGUCGGCCCAACUCUUUAUGGCCACAUCGCUGGCUCCUCUGCCCUCUGGCUACGAAGGGGGUCAGCUCGAAACACAUAACGCACCUCAGCCACGCAUGUAAUCGACCGUCUUCUUUUUGUUGAUGCAGGUCUGCCCAUCUAGACGAGCUGAGGAGAGGCGUGAAUCGUGCCGUCGGUGCCGAUCCCGUCAGAGACUAUGCCCUCGAGGCACGUACGUACGUGACCACCCACCGACACCUGACAUAGAAGACCUGCCUGUGUUCCUUUCCCCUCUCGCGCAGUCUUUUCCGCCAUUUCGUGUGAGGAUACGUCCCCUCAGCUCACGCGAGGCAACCGCAUCAUCAGCAAGGGCAUUUUUCGCCGCGUCAUGAAGAAAUGGGCAGAGUCAUCCUCUCCCCAAUCGAUCACGUCCCCGUCGCAAUCCGAAGACGAGGCGGCCUCAUGUGUGGAUUUCGACACGUUCUGCUCCCACCUCAUGCGGCACAUGCCGUCAUAUAGCCAACAGCGGCAACCUCCACAGAGCUCCGCUUCAUCCGACGACACGUCACAAACACGCCAGGAUGCGGGCCGACCUGAAGGGGAGGGCCAGCAAGAAAAGGCGGACAACAGCUCGGCCCCUUCAUCUUUCUUCAGCGCCCCGAAUGACCCUAGGAGGAAUGCGUCAUCGGUGCCCAAGGAGGAGCUGACGCCCAUGGCUAGGCCGCACAGGUGAGGAUGGCCUUCGUACGUGUGACGCAAAUGCCGUCGAAUGGCAAUCCGUGCAUGCCGUCUCAUGCCUGCCUGCAGUCGGGCAGGUUUGUGGGGUCGAUGGUUCCGCAGACGUGAGAGAGAGGGACAGGGUCAAGCAGCGAGGCAGCCGCCAUCGUCCCUGGAGAGGCUGAUGCAGGUCCUUGCUGUCAAGCGGAUCGACCAACAACCACGGCGGAUGCACCACGUGCCUGUCGUUCCUCGGUGGAAGACGUGCCAGCCUGCAUCGGUCUCUGUGGCGUCGAAAGGGAUGAUUGUGAGGCCUGCUGCUGUCAGUUUCUUGCGUAUGAGACAGAAGAGAUAAGGCGGUGGGACGGGGCAUUCAUUUGUAGGUGUUGUGAUCUAGCUAUGGAGGUGGAUGAUUGUAGGGACGGCGAGAGCAUUUAUGUAUGAAUUCAUGGACCGUGAGUCAGUCGGGUGGACGACUGUGGUGACAGCCAAGGCAACACAUACUAAACCCCAUGUGUGU